UCAUACAUACAACAGUGAGCAUAUGCAGCUAUUUUGUUGCGUUUCUCAGUCCACCAGUUGACUUUCGGCCAAGGCGGUGUGGCUGAGUAUGCUCCAUACAAUGGAUGGGGCUGAGUCCUCGUAUACUGUCUUCCUAUCCUGCCCAAAGCUGAUCAUGUCGUUCCGGCCGGAUUGAAAAAGAAGGAAGCACGAGUCCUCAAAGCUCAACUUGUCUUCACUCUCAUACAUAUCGUGUCUUACAGCUGGCGAAGGGACAUCGGAUACAACGAUCGAUCUUGACUACUGCAGACCAGUCCCCGCACGUCGGUUGGAAAAGCCAGUCCCACAGCACCCACCCUGCAAUGUCCUCGGGCACGUUACAGGGCCAGAAGAGUCUAUUUCGUGUGGCCUUGUACCAACCAUCGGGAGCAACAGGCUCCGAAGAAGCCAGGAAGGCUUACCAUGCCCGUCGAUCACAUCGCAAGUCGCGUGCUGGAUGUGUGAAAUGUAAGCAACGAAGGGUCAAGUGUGAUGAAACUAAACCCCACUGCUUGCGCUGCCAAAAGCAUGGAGUUGACUGUAGUUAUGACGCCGGUCAAGCCAACGCUGCGCGUAGUAAGAGCGUAGUCUCCUACUUCAUCGACAAAGUCCCAAGCCUGACAGAGCAAGAGUCAGCGGCACUUUCGAUGUCGCUGAUUGCUGUCUCGGCCAAGAUAGACGAGCUGUUGCAAAUCAAGUCGCAAAGCGGCCGUCUAUCGGACCGUGUUCGGGCGUUGCAUCAUUUCCACGAAGCUACAACGCCUUCUAUCAGCUCCGAGCGCUCUCAGAACGUAAUGAGAGGCAAAAUGAUCCGUUUAGCGUUCGACUCACCAUUCCUCAUGCACAGCAUCAUCGGUGCAGCGACAUCGCAUCUCCGCCGUAUCUACCCAGAAGACCCUUCAUACACAAUGGUCGAGGCAUACCACUGGCAAAGGGCCAUAAAACAAUACUCCGAGGAGAUAUCCACCUCCGUGGGCCCUCACAACAUGGACCCCCUCUACUCCGCCUGUCUCCUAAUGACCAUCCACUCCUUUGGCCUGGAAGAAUACAACCCGCGUAGCUCCUUCGUCUUCUCCGACGACCCGGACGCCCUAAACUGGCUCAUGCUGCAAAGCGGCCUGCGCCACCUCCUCGAGCUAACAGUUCCCUGGCUAACCCAAAGCAUAUGGUGGGGCGUCUUCAAACAAUCCCGCGAAGGGAACCCCCUGUACGACGACCACCGUCCGGGCCGAGUAGGCCUGCACCCGGGCCUCGCCGACAUAUGCGGUAUAGACGAUACGACGACCGAGGAGACAAAUCCCUACCACUGGCCGCUGCGAAUGCUGACCCCGUUACUUUCGCUGGAGCGAAACUCGAAGACGUUUACCCAGUACACGAAUUUCAUGGGUAGGUUGCUGCCGGAUUUCUACGAACAGCUGCUGAAGAAGGAUCCGCCGGCCUUGAUCAUCCUUAGCUGGUGGUUGUCUCUUGUACUCGCUGUGGAUGUGUGGUGGAUGGAAACUAGGGCUAAGUCCGAAUGCGUGGCGAUCUGCAUGUACCUUGAGGAGAGUAGGGAUCCGCGCAUUCUCAGACUGUUGGAGUUUCCGGCGGAGACUUGUGGGUAUUUGCUGAAGCAUGUGCAAGAGCAGAUAGCUUGCCAAUAUGAUUUGGUGGUGUUGUAGUCGAGUUGUGUUGUUGGGUUUAAUGGCAGCUGUUUUGGCCGUUUUCCGUGGGCAGAGAGGUAUAGUUUGUCUACUCAUACAAGGUAGGGUGGCCUAUUUCAAAACGACGUGAACAGGUAGGUAUAUGGAUUAUUAUGUACGUCCCCAAAAGCACAUUAUAUAACGCGGAUCAAAUCAAAUAUUAAUAGUACCCACAACGCCAAUUACCCGUAUCCA